AUGAAAGCUUUCAUUGCUCUUUGCGUCCUCUUCGUAGGCGCCUACUGUGCACCUAUGCUCGAUGAACAACUCGGCAACCAAUGGACUUUAUUCAAACGUGUUCAUGAAAAACAAUACAACUCAGUCGAAGAAGAAACCGCUCGUCGCAACAUCUGGGAAGCUAACCUUGCCAAAAUCCAAAAACACAACCUCGAAGCUGACAUGGGUGUUCACACCUACACCUUAGGAAUGAACCGAUUCGGUGACAUGACCCAUGAAGAAUUCAAAAAACAAAUGAACGGUUUAAAAAUCUCAGCCGACGAUAAACAAACCGAAUUCGACCGACACACAUACUUAGCUCCAUCAAACGUUGCUCUUCCAGAUGCCGUUGAUUGGCGCAAGGAAGGUUAUGUAACACCAGUUAAAGAUCAAGGUCAAUGCGGAUCGUGCUGGGCCUUCUCAGCUACCGGUUCACUCGAAGGACAACACUUCGCUAAAACCAAACAACUCGUUUCACUCUCUGAACAAAACUUAGUUGAUUGCUCAGGCAAAUUCGGUAACAUGGGUUGUGAUGGUGGUUUAAUGGACUCAGCUUUUCAAUACAUCAAAGCCAACGAAGGUAUUGAUACCGAAUCCAGCUACCCAUAUGAAGCUCGUGACGGUAAAUGCCGAUUCAAAAAGGCCAAUGUUGGUGCUACUGAUACAGGCUUUGUUGACAUCAAGAGCAAAAACGAAACUGAUCUUCAACUCGCUAUUGCUACCCUUGGUCCAAUUUCAGUUGCCAUCGAUGCCUCACAAGAUUCAUUUCAAUUCUACUCAUCAGGUGUCUACAACGAACCCGAUUGCUCAUCAACUGAACUCGAUCAUGGUGUCUUAGCUGUCGGUUAUGACAAAACUGGAUCAACCGAAUACUACAUCGUUAAAAACUCAUGGGGUACAUCAUGGGGUAACAAAGGUUAUAUCUGGAUGUCCCGUAACAAGAAAAACCAAUGCGGUAUUGCUACCAUGGCCAGCUAUCCACUUGUUUAA